CUUUACGCAGAUGGCGAAGGCGAUGCGAUUUCUCCCAUCCACCUCGCUUCGAAUUUACAUAUUUACAAUUUUUAGGGGAGAAGAUGGAGGAAGAAAUGCAGAAAUGCAACACCGAUUGCGUCUACUUCUUGGCAUCUCCUCUCACUUGUAAGAAGGGCAUUGAAUGUGAGUACCGGCACAGUGAUAUUGCUAGGCUCAAUCCCAGGGAUUGUUGGUACUGGUUAUCAGGGAGCUGUCUCAAUCCAACUUGUGGUUUCCGGCACCCGCCAUUAGAGAGUCGUAAUGUUGAAUCUGCUCCUACUUGCCCUCAGUCUGUGCUACCUGUGAACAAGACACGUGUUCCCUGUUUCUUCUAUUUCAAUGGAUUUUGCAAUAGAGCUGAAAAAUGCGUGUUUCUGCAUGGACCUGAUGAUGGGGCACCAACACGGAAAACAUCAAAGGCACUGUCUGCAGUCAAUGAUGGACCAUAUCUUGAGAAAAAGACAUCUGUGGGGAGUGAAACAGGCUCGGCCCCAGUUGAAACCCAUCCUAAUUCAUUUAAAACUAAUCCAAACAGAGCAGCAGAUGAAAAUACCCGGAGAGAAGUAAAUCUCCACAAUGCAAAAGACAAUCUCACCAUAGGAAACACUUCUCUAGAUAUUUCAGGAUCUCCAUCUGAAGAAGUUGAUGCUAUGAAUUUGAAUUCUUCACCUCCUGUUGAAGGAUUUAACCAAGGAGGAUUCUGUUCAUCCUUUGUUCAUCACUCAGAUGAUGAAGUGGAUGAUGAUGUGGAGAGAGAAGAGUUGUUAGAAUCCUCACCCGGUUUUGAUGUUCUUGUUGGUGGUAGAUCAGACUUGGGGUAUGAAAAUCAUGAUUACUUGAUGCAACAUGAUGUGGAUGGUGGAGAGCUUAAUGGUCAGUACUUAGGAUAUGAUUUUGAGGAAAAUAUAGAGUAUGACCCUGAAUAUCCAGAUAUGACACUCCUUUUUGAAGAAGAUUUAUGUGAUUCUGUUGAAAAAUUUGACAAUGAGUAUAACAGUGAAUCUCUUAGAAUAAUCCAUGGUCAUGUGAGAGAGAGGGAGGAUAUGGAUGGUACUUUGCCAAGGAAAAGGAAGUUAUGGCACACAGAUCUGGGUUUUCAUGGAAGGGGCAGUGUAGACCUUAGGAAUUAUUUGAAGAAACAUCCGAUUGUUGAUGCCAGUACUAUCUCUUAUUACCCUAGGAGGCAUGACUCAUCUCAUUUAAGUACCCGAAGCAGGGGUAGACAUUGCCUACAAGGUUCAAGGUGGAUGCAUCGGAGAGUGGCAUCAAAGGUGGAAAGCAAUGGUAUUAGAUCACGAUUAGACAAACAAAAUUUGCUUAAUUGCACCAACCAACAAAGUGCAUUGAGAGGCUAUCGGAUGAGUGGUUACAGGCAGCUUUUUAAGGGGAGUAGACAGGGAAAGCGGCAGCAUUUUCCAUCUAAGUUCUCUAGGAGGAGAGUUUCUAGGAAGAGAGAAUCAACCAAGGAGUCUACAAUGUUUAAUGGGCCCAAGACACUUUCCCAGAUCAAAGAAGAGAAGACAAAAGGGAGAGGAGUAGGAGAUUUCCCCAAGAGAAUAGGGCAUUCUAGCCUAAGUGUACAACAAGACUUUGAGGGUCCAAAAUCUCUGCAUGAAAUUCUGAAGGAUAAAAGACCAGAUGAGCAUUGAAUUGUACUCCUGAUGGAUGGCUUGCUGAAUUAAUCAAGAGGAAAAUGAGAACGACUUAGUACAGGACAGAGCCCUUUGUAGUACUUGAUGUUGAGCUAGAAAUUACUUAGGUGUGACAUCCUGUAGAUUAGAGAUGAGAGUAGAUUUUCUGUUAUUUUCCAUGCUCUUAAUCUGCAUGCCAUGGCAUAAUUGUGGUUCUCUCUCUCUCUCCCUCUCCCUCUCUGCUGUUGAUUAGGAUAAAUAUUCAAAUGUUGUGUAUACAUUUUUAUAUUAGACAAAACAGGAUAGGAAGUAAAUUUGUUUUUAUGUGAGUUGCAAUUUCA